AUGAGAAGACCAUUGAUUAUUCCCGCAGUGGCGGUAUUGCUUUUGUCGAUCUUUAUCGGCAACGUAAAUGCCGGUAGCAGGCCAAUUUCGGAUUGUGCUGAACGAAUUCUCGACGAUGGCUAUCCCGUGGAGACCCAUCAGGUGACCACAGAUGAUGGUUAUAUUUUGACCGUCCAUCGUAUACCCUUUUCAUCGAAAUUGAACAAUGCUGGAGUCAAGAAACCGGUAGUCUUUUUAAUGCAUGGCAUGUUAAGCUCCUCCGUCGAUUGGGUAUUGAUGGGCCCCGGCAAGGCUUUAGCAUACAUACUCUCCGAUGCAGGCUAUGAUGUCUGGAUGGGUAAUGCCCGUGGCAACACAUAUUCGAAGAAGCACAAGACUUGGCCCAUCUAUUGGCAAAUCUUUUGGAAUUUUAGUUGGCAUGAAAUUGGUCUCUAUGAUGUACCCAAUAUGAUUGAUUAUAUUCUGAGGAAUACAGGACAGCAACAGUUACAAUAUGUGGGUCAUUCUCAAGGUACAACCGUGUUCUUUGUUAUGAUGUCCGAAAAACCAGCCUAUAAUAAUAAAAUUAAAUCGGCUCAUCUAUUGGGUCCGGCUGCCUAUAUGGGCAACAUGAAGAGCCCCUUGACUAGAGCAUUUGCUCCCAUUUUGGGUCAACCAAAUGCCAUGGUUGAGGUUGUAGGUUCCAUGGAAUUUAUGCCUAGCAAUAAAUUCAAACAGGAUUUGGGAAUUGAAAUGUGUCAGGCCACUUCGCCAUAUGCUGAAAUGUGUGCCAAUGAAAUAUUCCUAAUUGGUGGCUAUGAUUCCGAACAAUUGGAUUAUGAACUUUUGCCCCACAUCAAGGCCACCUCUCCUGCUGGAGCUUCGGUCAAUCAAAAUAUCCACUUUUGCCAACUGCACAACUCUAAGAAAUUCCGCAAAUUUGACUAUAGCGUUGUACGCAAUCCUCUGGAAUAUAAUGGUGCCCUAUUGCCACCCGAUUAUAAGCUAUCAAAUGUCAAAGCUCCCGUAAUGCUGUAUUAUGGUGCAAACGAUUGGAUGUGUGAUGUCAGCGAUGUCCUUAAAUUACGCAAUGAAUUGCCGAAUAUGAAAUUGGAUUAUUUGGUACCCUUCCCGAAAUGGGCCCACUUGGACUUUAUUUGGGGUAUUGAAGCUAAGAAAUAUGUCUACGACAAGGUCUUGGAACAAAUGAAAUUGUAUGAGAUGUAAAUUUCGACAA